AUAGUUUUACAGAAAUGUGACUGUUUGGUCAAACAAAGGCAGUUUCAUUUUAUUAAUAAAUUACGUCGCCAAAGUAAUGCAUACUUUAGACGUUAAACGUUUUUAUGAUAAUUAGUCGCACAGAGUUUCUUUGCAUUUAAUUUGGCUAUUUUGCAAUACGAGUAAUUUGUCUAGUUCCAUUCUCGUAAUUAUCGUAUCUGGUAUAAUUGCCAACGUAGCCGGGAUAUAAAAAAAAAUAUGCAACGUGCCCAACUGUGAUUAGUUACAUUCUACUUGAAAAUGACUCCUUGUUCGCAAGUCGUUCAGGUUUACUUUUUGCAAACAUGUAUUAAUAGUGCGGUAUAGUGCCGACGGAAUUCGAUAAUCGUAAAAAUAAACGGUACAACGCGGACUUGCGUAAGAUUCUCCUCAAAUGCUCCAUCUCGUCGCGAUGCGACGUGUUUUCUUUGCAAUAAAGUAAGACUACCAAUAAACAGUGGCCCGAUAGAAAACAUACACAUGGAAAGGCACGCAAUCAACGAGAAAUCCAAGGAGCAACAUUUAAAACAGUGAAAAAUGACGUAAGGUCAAACGUGUAGUGCGGAAAGAAAAGUGUUUCCCGGAAGCCCUGCCACCGGAAGCUCUGCAGCGAGAUGCGUCGGCAGUGAGGCCGCAAGAGCGAAAAUCCGUCAAGAUGCAGCCACUCGUCCUUCCCCUUUUGCUGCUAUCUUUAACGGGUGGCGUGAGAUUUGGCAGCGGUCAUCUGAUAGAUGGAAUUUUCACGGAACCGACUUUAGAACCGGGUUAUAAUUUGGUAGCGGUGGUCCCACGUGGCGCCUUGGCACUGAACGUGACCGAACUCCGUCGAACGCAGAACUACCUUGCAAUUAGAUUACAAGAUGGUAGCUAUUUGUUAAACGGGAAUAACUUUAUUAAUUGGUCUGGCGAGUACAAAGGAGCUGGAACAACAUUUGUUUAUCGCCGUCAAAGUCCUCAGAAUUUAGAAAGCUUCUCUGCAGCAGGACCAUUACAGGAACCCAUAGAUGUUAUGGUGUUAUACCAGGAACCAAACCCUGGCAUUGUUUAUCGAUAUCGAAUUCCCGGAAAUACAAACUUACCAAGAAGCAAUCACUUUUCUCAUAAUGCAGUUUCCAAUAGAGACGUUGAGCAUAGUUUGCAAAAUAGAAGAUUUGAAAAUGGGCCAGCAGUGAGCAAUGUAACAUUUUCGCCGUAUUCACCGCGACGUUACAAGAAAAAAAAGUUUAUCUGGAAAGCGAUUGGUCACAGCGAGUGUAGCAAAACAUGUGGCGGAGGUGUACAAAUGCUCAGACACAUAUGUAUUAAAGAGCACACGCAGCAACCAGUACCAGAAAAAAGAUGCCAUGGAUUGGAAAAGUUGCACGAAAUUCGCCUCAGAUGCAAUACCAUGCCAUGUCCACCAAGCUGGCGUGGCGGACCAUGGAGUGACUGUUCUACUUCCUGUGGCACCGGGGUUCGUACACGAGAACUCGAGUGCGUACAGGAAGUAAGAACGUCGUUAACAUUGAGAAUCGCCGAUGGAGCCUGUACAGAACCGAGAAAUCUGUCGACGAGCGAAGUGUGUGAGAUGCCAGCGUGCGAGGAGAUCAGGCAAACGUCGACGGAGACGUCUUUUCAAUCGUUGGCUCCGCAAUGGAUUGUAGGCGUUUGGUCACAGUGUUCCACGUCCUGCGGCGUGGGGAAAAGAACGAGGAUCAUAACUUGUGUUACUGAAGGUGCUCCAUGCGAUCUCUCGGAAAAACCUGAGGCACAUGAAACAUGCGACUCAGGACCGUGCCCAGUGAAAUCAACGCCGCAGAACGUUGUUUCUGCGAAGCUUCACAGCUCGCAAUGGUUAUUCACUGAGUGGUCUGACCAGUGCUCAGCAGAAUGUGGGACUGGAGUGCAGACUAGGAGAGUUCUUUGCGAGACGAACUCUGACGAAGAAUCUUGCGAUGAAUCAAGUCGUCCUGAGACUUCCAGAGAUUGUUCGAGCAACAGAACUUGCAGCGGCCAAUGGUUCACGGGGCCUUGGACGGAGUGUUCUGCAAGUUGCGACGUGGGUGAGCAAGUUAGAGACGUUGUCUGCGUUACAACUCUUCGAGGUUCUCUACGUGUCGUCUUAGACAUGAAUUGUCCUGCGAACAAACCGGAAAGUAGAAAGCCAUGCAGAGAGCGCCCUUGCACCUCUGCUUGGUACAUAUCAGACUGGACGCCGUGUUCACGAUCUUGCGGUAAAGGUAUUCAGAAACGCGAAGUCCGAUGCCUGAAUUCAGACGGCCAAUUACCCGAAUCGCAUCAACUUCACUGCCGAGAGGAGGAUCGACCGGCACCUCGAAGGAUAUGCAACGAUUAUCCUUGUAGAGACGAUCUACGCACGCCUGAAAAUUCUCGCAGGGCCGUUCAAGUCCAGGACGAGCCCGACAUAACGAAUGGUGUUGAAGACAAUCCACUUUGCAAAGACAAAAUGGCUAACUGUAAUUUAGUCACGCAAGCUCGGCUCUGCUCUUAUCAAUUUUAUCAAGAGUCUUGCUGUCUGUCGUGUUCUCGAGGCAAGCAGGAUUUUGAAUAGAAAUCCCCUUCGACAAUUGUGCUCAUUAUGACCUUUCAAUGCAAAAGAAAACUGCCUUUAGUAGUGUUUCCCGUUAUCAUAUAUCGCGAUUAAAACUCUAUUUUUGUUGCCUACGUUGGUACAAAUAAUUUUUAAUAAUUAAUAGACGGUAAAACUUUUGUACGUUUUAUAUGUAUAGAAGUGUAGAUACGCAUGCUGCCGAGUAAUUUAAUACGAAGCUCACGAUUUCGUUAAUAAGAUUUCGAGCAUGAUAUUUGAUAAAGAAACAAAAGAGACUGAUCGCGUGUAAUUAUCGGUUUGUUGUAAUGAUCUGACGCAGCAUUUAAAUUCGCAAUAAUCGUUCUCGCAUAACCCAUAAAUAUAGAUAUAUAUAUAUUGAGCAUUAAUAAAUGUUAACGCUUUUUUGA